AUGACGACCGUCGCCAAGAUAGCAGAGACGUCCCUCUGGGCGAAUCGAAAAUGUCUAGCCAUUUGUGCUAUCGUGGCCAUAGCAAAUAUGCAGUACGGGUUGGACUCGGCAGCAAUUGGAUCUCUACAGGCGAUGCCAGGCUUCUUAGAAGUAUUUGGAUAUAAGGAUCCGAGCCAACCAGCUGGAUAUGCAAUUGAGGCAAGUCACCCAGGUAGAAUCUCGCUCAUUGGGUCACUCUUAACAUUAGGUGCUUUUGUAUCCUCACUUGUCGCUGGAGCGUUCGCCCAUUUCUUUGGUCGAAAGGAUGCGCUGUGGCUUGCGUGCAUCUUGAAUGCGAUCGCAUGCAUUAUCCAGAUCUCAACCACAGAUAAAGUAGCAGUUUAUAUCGGCCGACUUGUUCUUGGACUAGCUAAUGGGUUUCUGACCGCUGAAGCAGCCCCGGCUCACCUUCGGGCUGUCAUGGUGGCUCUCUUCUCAGAAUGGGUCAACAUUGGGAGCAUAAUAGGAGCAGCUGUAACGAACGCUACGAAGAGCCGUUUGGAUAAAGCAUCUUACCAAAUACCACUCGGAACUCUCUUCGUCGUACCGACGUUCUUAGCUUUAGGCCUCUUCUUCGUGCCCGAAUCCCCUCGAUAUCUAUUGUACAAAGGAAAUAUGGAGGCGGCGAGAGAGUCAUUGAAGACACUAAGAGGGGAUUCGCUAACUCCCGAAGCGUUUGAACUCGAAUGGCUUGAGAUAGUUAAAGGCAUUGAAGAGGAAAAGCAAGCUGCUAGAACAAUUGGGCCACUAGACAUGUUCAAAGGAACCGAACUAAGACGCACACUUCUCUGCUACGGCAUCAUUGCUACACAGACAGGAGCCGGUUCAUGGUUUAUCAUCAGCUACUCAACUUAUUUUAUGAUUGUUGCCGGGUUAUCAGUGGACGAUGCCUUCAAGUUUUCAGUCAUGAAUACCUGUUUGGGUUUCAUUGGUGUUAACUUCGGCAUGUACUUGAUGCGCCACGUCAUGGGUAGACGAACUAUUUUGAUGACAGGCGCUGUAGCCCAGGGGCUUGCAAUGUUGGGAAUGGCGGUCUCCGCGACUGUUGCUUAUGGAACAUUUUCCGCUCGAAACUGCGUCAUUGCAUUCACGGCACUGUAUCAACUCUCCUAUAAUGCAUUUGUUGGAGACGCAACAUACCCUACGGCCACAGAGGUGGUGAGCACUAGGUUAAGAUCUUGGUCAGUUGGAUCAGCUAUCAGUUUGGGUUACUUCCUAGCAUGGCUCACGGGAUUUUGUUCGCCAUAUUUCAUCAACCCAGAGGACCUUAACUGGGGGGCUAAAUAUGCUUACAUAUGGGCUGGUUCAAAUCUAUGUUGCUUGGUGUUCUUUUACAUUUGCGUCCCGGAGACGAAAGGGAGAACAUUGGAAGAAAUUGACGAACUAUUUGCUAACCGGGUAUCUGUUCGAAAUUUCAAGGCUUUUAAGACUACUAUCGUAGCCGAAGCUUUGAGGGAAUUGGAAAUUCGUGUUCCGGGAUCAGAAAAGAAGUUGGCCAUUGCAGAGCAUGUUGACGAGCCUUAG